UUAUGGCAGUUCACUAGCGCUCUGUAAACCUCAAAAAAGUGUCACAAGAUCCUUUUCGUACUCUAGUUGCCAUGUCAUGUUUUUUCUCUUGUGCCAUUUUCUAUACCUUUUUUACUUUGAGCUCAAAUAGUACCUAGCGAGGCACUACUUGAGCUCACCGCACGUCUCACUAGACGUGCGGUGGUGACGAGGCGUUGACGCGACGAACUAUUCUUCUGAUCUGCUUACGAUGACUACCAUUGAUUUGCUCGUAUUCAUAUUUAUUUAGGUGAUUUUUAAAAAGAUAUUUUAAAGCUAACAAACUAUUACUUAACUAUAUAAUAAUGAAAACAGAUUCAAUGAAUUACGGGAGAUACGUGGAGGUCGCGGGAGGUCGCGGAAGGCUGUGCGCCGCCGCCUGCCGGGUGCCAGGGGUGUAAUCUGUGUUAAAAUAUGUACCCCACCAUGCCAUGAGCGGCGGACAUAAUAGCAAAAUAGUAUAUUAUUCUAUGUGUAAUAUAUAUAAAUAGAGGCUAUAUUUAAGCUUCUGAGAAACCUCGACACCGUCCGACGUCGCGGAUCGAUGGACGAGCAUUGCAGGGCGGCACGGGGGCACGGGGUGGCACAGGAGGCGCGGGGUGGCGACGUCCCCUUGUCAUCGAUCGCCGCCGCCUCGCGCCCACUCGCGCCCAGUAGGCGGCCGCCGGCGGGCCGAGCAGGUGCGGCUGCAGGUUGCAUCGGGCGGCGCGGGGUGGGAAGGGGCGCGGGCCCGCUCUCGAACGUAUCUCGUUGGAUCGCACCCGACACCCAGCGGCGCCCGGCGCCCUCGGCACCACCAGAGGGGACCCACCGCAUGCGACACAGCAAUCGAUACGCACGCUUACAAUUUUUAAGUACGCCUCAGAUAACCGUAGGUGCAAGCUAGGAUCUCAGUCAAAGCUCUUAUCCCCAGAGGAUCUAGCUGAGCCCCGUCUAGUAGACCCGUUAAAUAUGGUGUUGGCGAACUGCACGAUCAGCUUUUGUGGCGUUUCUAAACUGACGUCAUUAAUGAAAUUAAGUAGUUUUUAUGUCGAAAUGAAAUCCAACGAGGUACUUUCGUCAAAUUUACAAAUCUCGAUCUAUACCACUGGAUUCUCCUCUUAUUCUGGUUUAAAAUUUGCAGAGUGAAAUAAAGAAGUAUAAAUUAAAAAGGUAAGAUGGAAGGAGGUGGCGGAGUGUCCAGCGUGGCAUCGCUCACCAUGGACUGCGAGGACAUGUUCAAAGAGAUCACUAAGAAGCUGUAUGGCGAGGAGGCCGCCAUGGGCGUUGGCGUCAACGUGAGCGGCGGGGCGGGCGCGACGGGCGCCGGUGGCGUCGAGUACCCUCCGGCCGAGCGCGAGCUGGUCGACGACUUGCGUCCCGAGGAGCACAUCACCGCCUGGGGCUUGGCGGCUCUCAUGCAGAACGGAUUCCCGCCGCCCGGCAUCUUGCAGGCAAACUUUACCCCGCGCACGGACCCGUCGGCCGAGGACCGGUGGACGGCGGCGGAGGAGCCGCUGGCGUGGGCGCACUCGCGCGUCGCCGCCUACAACCCGGCGCAGCGGCUCUUCAAGUGCACCGACUGCGAGUGCGUCGGCUUCCUGGCGCGCGUGGCGGAGCACUGGCUGGGCACGCACUCGCAGGCGCGCGCCUUCCAAUGCCCGCUGGCGGGCUGCGGCUUCGCGAGCGGGUGGGCGCGAGCCGUGCGGCAACACCUUGCGCGCGACCAUCACUCCGAUCCGGCAGCCGCAGACCACCUGCUACGCGACAACCCCGCGCUCGACGACCUCACUCGCUACCUGCAGCGCCUCAAGACCAAGGUGGAGAAUACGCGCAGCGAGAGACGCACAGGAGCGGGAGGCGCAGGGGGCGCGGGGGGCUCUGGGGGCGCGGAGGGCGGCGGCGGGCCGGGCCCGGUGGCGGACACCGCGAGCGGCGAGCCCGCCGCGCUCGGCGACGCCGGCAAACGCUACGUGUGCGCCGCGUGCCCGUACGCGACCGACCGCCGCGACCUCUUCACUCGUCACGAAAACAUCCAUCGCGACGAGAAGCCGUUCCAUUGCUAUCUCUGCCAGAAACAAUUUAACCGCGCGGAUCACGUCAAGAAACAUUUUUUGCGGAUGCACCGCGACCAGCCGUACGAUCUCAAUCGCAUCAGACGCUCCAGCGGCAUCAAGCCGGAGGCGGGCACGAGCGCGGCGGGCGCGCACUACUGCGUCAAAGGCGCAGGCGACGUAGCGGCGGCGCCGGAGUGUCGCCCGUCGCCGGUGAAGCUGGAGCGCUCGCCGCUGGCCAAGGCCGAGCCCGCGGCCUCUCCGACCGCCACACACAAGCCGACCGUUUCCUCCCCGGUACGUCGCAAGGGCGAGCGGCGUUACGCGUGCUGCUACUGCGCGUGGUCGGGCGUCGACAACUGGUGCCUGAAGCGGCACCUCAACACUCACCUGAAGCCGUUCGCGUGCGCGCUGUGCGAGUACAAAGCGGCGCGCGCCGAGCGGCUCGCCACACACGUCCACAAAGUGCACAACAAGAAGGCCUGCGCCAAGUGCCCCUACCUCGCCGACGAGCCGCAGCAGCUGGCGCUCCACCUGCGCGAUGCACACCAUAUUGAGAGCCGCAACUUGAAAGUACCAACGGGCGUUGGACGAUCGGCGGGUGCGUUCCAGACGAGUCAGGCGGCCGUGGCGGGCGUGGCGGGCGCGACGGGCGCCGGGGGCGCGGGGGGUCCACCGGGAGCGGCGGGAGGAGCCCGCGCCGCCGGCGCCGCAAGACUCUUCGGCUACCUCGAAGCUUCGGACGGCUCCGGCGACGAGUACGAGCCGCCGCCGCUCCCGCCCGAGUACGCGCCGCACUACGCGCGCGACAAGGAGAACGCUGCGCCACUGCACCACGCGCUACACCACGACCACUGCCUGCGAUACUAGCGCCCUCCCCCAAAUGUAUAAUUAUAUUCUGCAUUAGAGUACGUUGUUUUAUAACUCUAUAUUACUUACCACAAUUUUAGAUACCUAUCGUGUGGGGAUUUUAAUAUUUACCUUAGUUCAAAGUUGUUGUUGUCGGAACAUACUCGUAAUAUCUAUAUUAUUUAUUUAAGAAACUCCAAAUGACUUUUUAUUUGUACAUGUAGUUAUAAUUAAGAAGUGACAAUUGUAUAAAGUGUAAAUACGGAGUCGAGCGGAAGCGGAAGCGGAAGCGGAAGCGGGAAGAGGUCGCUGCAUCAUUUGUCUCGAUGUUGUUCUCAAAGUUCGUUACAUUUUGUUAAAUUCUAAACAAUACGUUAUAUGUAACAGUUAAA